AUGCUGCAAGAGAAGAAACCGGAAAAUCUAGAAGAAGAAGCGGAACAACACUUCGUAGAAAACACGUCAAAAGAUGAAGAAGGCAGAUUCGUAGUUAAAAUUCCCUUCAGAACGGAUCAUCAACAAUUGGGAAAUUCGUUUGAACAAGCCAGAAAACGAUUCCUAAAUUUGGAAAAGCGACUGGCAACCAGUGAGCAGAAACAAAACGAAUACAAGAAAUUCAUGGAAGAAUAUGAAGCCAUGAGACACAUGGUUCCCAUUCCAGCAGAAGAUCUUCACAAGGUCAAAUACUUCUUCCCACAUGGCGUCGUAGAAAAACCGGACUCGACAUCAACUUUACGAGUGGUAUAUGAUGCAAACGCGGCGAAAACAAGCGGAAUAUCAUUGAGCGAUAUUCAACUAACUGGUCCAAAUGUUCAGCGAGAACUGAUGGACAUACUGAUUGAUUUCCGCGGUCAUAACGUAGUACUCAUGGCAGACAUUGCAAAGAUGUAUCGCCAAGUAAAGGUUGUCGAAGAAGAUACGUGGUUUCAAUGCAUCUUAUACAGACAAAAUCCACGACAACCCAUUCGAUUGUACCGGUUAACUACAGUAACCUACGGCGAAGCUGCCUCAUCAUUUCUAGCAUGCAGAGCACUAGCCGAGGUCACAAGGGAAGAAAAGGAAGAUAUUCCGAUGGUAGCAGAAGCAAUAAGUAAUUGCUUCUACUUAGACAACUUGAUGCUCGGAGCUCCAACGGUCUCCGAGCUAAAACAUUUGAAAGAAAGUGUGACAAUCGCACUGGAGAAGAGAUGCUUCCCACUAAGGAAAUGGGCAACAAACGAUCCAGCAGUAGUCGAAGACAUCAAACCAGAAGACUUGGAAACAACACUGAACAUCGGUGACGAAGACAUCAUCAAGACGUUAGGAAUCGCAUGGAAUCCAAAAACGGACUCAUUCAACUCCGCAACAAUUAAAAUGGAAGAAACCGCAAAGAAGAUUUCAAAAAGAGAACUUGCGUCUAAAAUUUUGAAGUUAUUCGAUCCAAUGGGUUUCAUUUAA